CACUGUGCCGCGACAGGAAAAUGUUGGCGAGUUUCCUGUGCGACAAAGAGUGGAAUCCUAAGAGUUUACAGAGAUGUGGCGAGUUAUCGGGCAAAGAUCUUUCUGCAGACAUGUCUCAGCUGGUGCUUUUUGUGUGACACGGUGGUUUUCUACAAGAUCUCAUCCGCUUUUCAGCUUUCCAAAAAGGAAUUUGGGACAACCCAGUCCUUUUACGCAUCCACAACUCUUGAAAACUGGGGAGGUCACACCAGGAUUAACACAAACAGAAUAUGCCUUACGUCGUCACAAACUGAUGGCUCUUAUCCAAAAAGAAUCUGAAAUCCUCUGUGCAUCGACAGAUCAUGCCGUUAUCAUCUUUGCAAACUCAACACUGUACAUGACAAGUGACAUUCCCUUUCCUUUUCAUCAGCACAAUGAUUUCCUCUACUUGUGUGGGUUUCUAGAGCCUGAAAGUAUCCUACUUUUACAGACUAAACCAGGGCAUGUACUACCAUCUCAUACAGCCACACUAUUUGUGCCACGCAGAGACCCCGGCCGGGAAUUAUGGGAUGGGCCUCGAUCUGGAGUAGAUGGAACAGUUGCACUUACUGGUGUAGACCAGGCUUUCCCAAUAGAAGACUUUAAACAUGUAGUACCCAAGCUGCUUGAUGAAGGACUGACGCUAUGGUAUGACUUUGUUAGACCAUCUAAUUCAUCCUCACAUUCUAGCCUUCUGCAACAAAUAAUAGCAUCCAAGGCAAAGUGCAGGAAUAAGAUUAAGUCCCCACAACAUCUCAUCCAACAACUGCGAUUAGUUAAGUCUCAAGGUGAACUGGAACUUAUGAAGAAAUCAGGCCAUAUCACAUCACAUGCUUUCAUAGAAACCAUGUAUUGCAGCAAGGCUCCUAUUCAAGAAGCUUUCAUAUAUGCCAAGUUUGACUUUGAGUGCCGAGCCCGGGGAGCUGAUAUUCUUGCUUACCUGCCUGUUGUUGCUGGAGGAGACAGAGCCAACACUCUGCAUUAUGUGAAAAACAACCAGAUAAUCAAGGAUGGAGAAAUGGUUCUGCUGGAUGGUGGAUGUGAAACAUCAGGAUACGUCAGCGAUGUAACACGUACAUGGCCUGUAAAUGGCAGGUUCUCUGCUGCACAAGAAGAGCUGUAUGAGAUUGUAUUACAGGUGCAGAAGUCCUGUCUAAAUCUGUGCGUUUCAGGCACAAGCCUAGAAGACCUCUACAGCCACUUGUUGACUGAGCUAGCAAAAAAACUAAAAGACCUUGGCAUUGUGCACAGUCAAUGCAGCAAUAGUCAAUCUUUAAAGGCCGCACGAAGGCUCUGCCCACACCAUGUUGGACAUUAUCUUGGCAUGGAUGUGCAUGAUACUCCUGAUGUAUCUCGAUCGCUGCUCCUACAACCAGGCAUGGUGAUUACAAUAGAGCCAGGUAUUUACAUUCCUAGAACUGAAACUGAGAUUCCCGAAAAAUACAGAGGUUUGGGGAUCCGCAUUGAAGAUGAUGUAGUAAUCACAGAACGGUCUCCUAUUAUUCUCUCUGCUGAAUGUCCCAAAGAAAUUUAUGAAAUACAACAAGUGUGUGGGCAAAGCCGAUGAUACAAGCAAAAAUAUAUAGAAGAGUAAACCUAAACAAAAGUGGUGACUUACAAACUGUAUGAUUUAUGUAUUAAGUUAUUUUGCAUUCAUCUUACAAAAAGCAUUAUAGUAAGAAUCGAAUUCUGGUAACAUUGACUUGAUU